CUUAGAAUUUCAACCCCGUUCCCCUCCCUCAAUACUUUAAAAUGCCUCUCCCAUUAGCCACCCUUCUCCAUCACUCUCACCCUUUCUUUCCCUUUAGGCUUAAACAACCACCACCAACAACAACUAAACAACCCCUCUCUCUUUCUCUCACUCUCUCUGCCCCCACUAUAAAUCAAGCAAUCGGAAAUGGGUACUUUAGUUGGGCAUGUAGCACCAGGCUUUGGGUUUCUUCUGAUUGGCCUAUGGCACCUCUUUAAUCACAUCAAACUCCAUCUUAACCAACCAAACUCCUACAUAGCUCCAGCCUGGUUUCCCACCUCCAAAUUCAAGUAUUUGGAGCUCUUCUUAAUCAUGGGAGGCUCAUCUGCCUCCAUUGCCAUGGAACUCUUCAUAGGCCCAGAGAAACACCAACCGUUCGAUGACGAUGGAACCAUCCCCACCAACCAUCUCCACAACUUUGAGCACUCUUCAAUAUCCCUGGCUUUCUUGGUCUAUGCAGCUUUUGCCAUCGUCCUCGACAAAAUUGCCCCAAAAGCACAACAUGGUUUGACCCAACUCCUUGGAGCCAUAGCCUUCGGGCAGCAGCUUCUUCUCUUUCACCUUCACUCUGCUGAUCACAUGGGACCUGAAGGCCAAUACCACAUGCUUCUGCAGCUUGUCGUUCUUGUUUCUUUGACCACAACCCUAUUGGGAAUUGGUUUCUCCAAGAGUUUUUUGGUCAGCUUUGUGAGGUCACUUAGCAUAUUUUUCCAAGUUUGGCUUAUGGUCAUGGGGUUCAUGCUCUGGACACCUGACUUGAUGCCAAAAGGUUGUUUCAUGAACUUAGAGGAGGGUCACGAAGUGGUUAGGUGCCAUGGAGAUGAGGCACUUCACAGAGCCAAGUCCUUGGUGAAUCUUCAAUUUAGUUGGUUCUUGGUGGGAAUAGCCAUUUUUGGGGUGUCCUUCUAUUUGGUUUUGGUCAAGGUUUACGGCGAAAAGGUUGAGUAUUUUGCAUUGACAAGGCUACGCGAAGAAGAUGAAGAGGAUACGGAUCUUGAUGUUGAAUCUCAAAAGAUAAGUAAGCUUGGAGACUCAAAGAGUUUUGUUAAUCAUAUGGGAAAAACAGCCUUUGCGCCCAUAGACAUGGAAAGGUAGCAGGAAAAGUGCAAGCUAUAAUGGAGAUAUGGGAUUAGUUAUGUGUGUAUGAAUUAAUUAGGUUGUGGGAUAUAUGCCAUUUUAUAUUUGAUUAAACCAACCAUAAUGUUUUCCUAAUUAAUUAAAAGAGGGAUUUGUCUAGUGUGAAAGUAUAUAUGUAGGUGUUUAGAGGAGCACAUAUUGGUGUAAGGAAUUGUUUAGUUUCCAUUGAUAUUGAUGGGUUUUAGCUUUAGGUUCAAUCUUUGGUUUUUGGUGUGUGCCAUGUGAACAAAAGUUCAUUAUUGAAAGAGAGAUAAUUUAUCA